CUUGGUUCCGGACACAGUCCACGCAGGAGCCGGUCUCUACGGAGACCCGCCCACGGGGCGUGGCCAGAGCGCGCCCCGCCGGGGAAUGCGGCCGUCGGUCUUUGCCCUCCGCACCGCACCCCUGAGAACGGCGCUUGACUUGGAAACAGUCCCAGCGCUGGGACCACGAAGGAAGCCGAAGACGGUCGCCAAGAGCCGCGAGGACGCCCAAGGGACGCUCCGGCCGGCCGGAAGCGGAACCGAGCCGAGCCGGAAGGAGCGAAGCCCACCUGAAGGUUGCUGAGCACCGGCGGGCGUUGAGCCCAACGGAGCCCGCGUCAUGGCGGCGGACGGGACCGGUGUAGCCGGAGGAGGUGCUGUCGGCGGCUGCCUGACCAAAGACAGCUUGCAGGAUGCUAAGUGCCCAGUGCCGGUCCCCAAUCGCCGGCGCGCUUCCUCGCUGUCUCGUGACGCGCAGCGACGAGCCUAUCAGUGGUGCCGGGAGUACCUGGGCGGGGCCUGGCGCCGAGCGCAGCCGGAGGAGCUGAGCGUUUGCCCCGUGAGCGGAGGCCUUAGCAACCUGCUCUUCCGAUGCUCGCUACCGAACCACCUGCCCAGUGUGGGCGAGGAGCCCCGCGAGGUGCUGCUACGACUGUAUGGGGCCAUCCUGCAGGGUGUAGACUCCUUGGUAUUGGAAAGCGUGAUGUUCGCCAUUCUUGCAGAGAGGUCACUAGGGCCCCAACUUUAUGGAGUGUUUCCAGAGGGCCGCCUGGAACAGUACCUCCCAAGCCGACCAUUGAAAACUCGAGAGCUCCGGGACCCAGUGUUGUCGGGAGCCAUUGCAACAAAGAUGGCCCGUUUCCAUGGUAUGGAGAUGCCCUUCACUAAGGAGCCCCACUGGUUGUUUGGGACCAUGGAGCGGUACCUAAAACAGAUCCAGGACCUGCCUUCCACGGGCCUCCCCCAGAUGAACCUGCUGGAGAUGUACAACCUGAAGGAUGAGAUGGGCAACCUCAGGAAAUUGCUAGAGGCUACCCCAUCACCAGUGGUCUUCUGCCACAAUGACAUCCAGGAAGGGAACAUCUUACUGCUCUCCGAGCCAGAAAAUGGUGACAGCCUCAUGUUGGUUGAUUUUGAGUACAGUAGUUAUAACUACAGGGGCUUUGACAUUGGGAAUCAUUUUUGUGAGUGGGUUUAUGAUUAUACCCACGAGGAGUGGCCUUUCUACAAAGCGAGACCCACAGACUACCCCACUAGAGGACAGCAGCUCCAUUUUAUUCGCCAUUAUCUGGCAGAGGUUCAGAAAGGUCAGAUCCUCUCUGAAGAGCAGAAGAAGCUGGAGGAGGAUUUGCUGACAGAGGCCAAUCGGUACGCUCUGGCCUCUCAUUUUUUCUGGGGUCUGUGGUCCAUCCUCCAGGCAUCCAUGUCCACCAUAGAGUUUGGCUACUUGGAGUACGCCCAGUCUCGGUUCCAGUUCUACUUCCAGCAGAAGGGGCAGCUGACCAGUUUCCACCCAUCAUCCUGACAAUCCAACCCCACCUCAGAUUUCUCCUGAAGACUCCAGGGCAGGACCUUGGAGGGAGGGCCAAAGAGCAGGAGACCCCAGAGACUGGGCUGUGCCCCUUAAGUGAGACUGUUGUUAAAAUAGCUGACCUCUAUCCUGUUUGAGUAGUUGCCCAAGGUGGGCAUCUGGAAUCCCUGGGGCUGUGUACUUAAAUAAACGAACUGCUACGGAAAUAUACAAACUGA